AAGACGCUGAGAAUUUUUCAGGGAGAACAAUGUGUAUGCACGAACACAGCUGAAUUAUCUCGUGCCUGAAAAUCAGACCUACUAAACAAGAAAUCUUGGUUCUGUAAACAUGGCGACUGCAGCUCGACGUUCUACAGUUCCGAUUCCUCAAGACAGUGUAAUGCGAAGAGGUGGACUUCGAUCAAAAACACCAUCCGUGAACGACUUAUCUAAAAAAUCGAAAAAUGCCCCAAAAGGGAAGCGACGACUUGAGUUUGUUGAACAACCUUUGAAAGGAAAGAGGUUCUAUCUUGACCUCAAUGGAUACAAAAAAGUGUCUAGUCUAACUGCACAAAUACAAGAACUUGGAGGGAAGGUUGAAGAAUUUCUGAGUAAAGAUAUUCAUUAUUUGAUAACAAAUAACAAGGAUGCUGACACCAGACUGUCACCAACUAGUAACUCAACCCCAAGUCCUGGCUUGUCUAUUCCUAGCCCAUUCCCUACUACUAAAAAUAAAAGUUCAUCAAUGAAAGGAGCUUGGCCCUCACCACUCAGUGGUGAUUCUCCACAARGUGUUGACCCUCAAUCAACAUCUAAACACGACACUAGAGGAAAAGCCAUAAUGAAGCAAGCCCAAGCUACCUUGAAAAACAGAUAUGGAACCUGCAAUAUUCUAACCAAUGCUAGAACUUGGGGUGUGUGUGUCAUAUAUUUGGAAAAAGCUCUAGAAAAGCUGGCAGACUAUGGUCCUAGAAAAGUUGAAAAACAGCCUUCUAUCAAGGAAUUGAUGGGAAAUGGCAAGAAGCAACUCAGAGUAAAAAUUAGAAAAUUACAGGCUCCAUUUAUAAAAGUUGAAGACCAGAGUCACAAUUAUAGACCUCUAGUUAAAGAAUUUAAGCAGUGGCCUUUCCCAGACUUUGAAUCUCCUGUUGGUACUUGUCCUUUUGACACUCCUAGAAAAAGACAAAACCAGGAAACAAAAAAAAGGUCCAAAGGGCAACCGCAAGAUGCAAAAAAACAACAAGCUAAGCAUGGUUACUGUGAAUGCUGUUGUUUACAUUACGAUGCCUUGGACAUGCAUUUGAAAAGUGAUUAUCAUCAGUCCUUUGCACGGAAUAACACCAACUAUGAGAGCCUUGACAAUCUCAUAGCUCAAGGACCAAGUUUAAGUGUUUUCCUCGAGAAAAUCAAACUAAAGUAUAGUGCAAGCAACAAAGCUGAGAACACCUUUCGAACACCAACAAAAGAUGUUGACGAAAACAGUAAGAUUGGAGUGGUCCUCAUCCCAAAUAGCACAGUCAAAAAUAUGACAGUAGAGCUCAGUCAUUGUACUCAAACCAAAGACACAACGCCAAAGAAUAUUGAAGCAAAAGAUACAGAUGGCGAGAUGAAACGAGUGACGCGUAGUUCGUCCUCGCCACGUAAUGUAAUCAAUAAUGAAAGUGAGAAAAAGACUAUUCACAAUCAUGAUAAGCCUGUAUCUUCACCAGGCAGCAGUAAUUCCUGGGUUAAAACAGAUCGAACGGUAAAUGAAAGUGUGAAGGAUGGUGAUGUGCAAAAGGCUACUUCUAAAGCGUUCAMAAGACUGCGCGCAUACAAAAAGGCAGUACAUCAUGAAGUAAAACAAGAGCACAGCAAACCUGUCCUGAGGAGCAAGGCAUCGACUCCAAGCAAGAAAUCGGACAGCACAGAGACGCUCUCUGAUGAGGAUGUUGUGCAUCCGAGACGAAAGAGGAAGCAUAAAGAUACAGUUUUAGAUACUUCUAGUACAGAUUCUAUCUUACCUCAACCAAUGCACUCCCUGCGACAGCCAAAGAUGGACAAUGCAAUAACCUGUGAAAACACCGAAAAAAAUUAUUCGUCUGUAAUCCCGUCCCAAGUAAAUACAAGCCCAAAAAGUGGACCCAUUACAGGGACGUCAUUCAAGAAGUCUUCCAUUUCAGACCCUUCUACACCAAAAAGWAGGAGCUCUCGUAAACGAUGCCGAGGGAAACGCAACAGACCAAAGCGCAAAGACGUAAUUAGCACUGAAAAUGAGAAUGACUACAAGUCAUCAGAUAAUGGCAAAAAAGGUGCCGUUCAGAAUACGGAGGAACAUGAUCAGAUUGAUUUAUUGCAGCAGCAGGAACGCAAAGGACUUGAUGAAACUUACACUUCAUUAUUCGACUCAGAUGAUGACGACAAUGUUGAAUUUGAAGGAUUUGAUAUUCCUCAAUUUGAGAUGUUUUCCUCAGAGCACGAGUUAUCRUACCGCAUUAAAGAGAUUGUCAACUAUUUCACUUCAAGUCAAGAYAGCACCCUGGUGGAAGAAAGUGAACGCGAUGAAUGUAGCUCAAAACCUAAAUCAGAAAAGAAGAAACGUUCCCCUCACGGAAUCAAGAUAAUACUUAGUUCUAAAACAGAUAACCAGGAUGAUGGCGAUGAUGACGUCUUUGAAGAUGAUGACGAUGAUACACUUAGCACUGUAGCUGACAGUACUGAUGGCAACGAAGAUGACCAUUUGCUGUCCUCUCCGCUACGUAUAGACACCCUGUACAACAAAAGAAAGUAUGAAAUGGAACACCAAAUGCCAUCCAAAAGGAGAAGAACCGUGUGCUGUGGUGAGCUCGAGRAGAAUCUGUUAUCAAAAGAAAAUCCAGGCAAUUUAGAGAAAUCCAACWCUUUAUCAAUUGCAAAAGAACAUAUUUACCAGAAGAACUUGACGAGCAGGUCGAAAAAGACAAGAAACAAAGCUUUAUCAGAUGGUCACGACUUUGAUACUGUAAGUCAUGAAUUGGAUACUGUCGUCCGGUUGAAACGAUUGGAAUCCAAUGAUUGGAAGAUUGUUAAUGAGGAGAAUCAGCCCAAGAAAAGCAAAACAGAACUCUUUCCCGGUACGCUCAAUAAUCAGACACCAACUGAUGCCAAGCCUUCCAAAAUUACUGGCAAACCCAAAGAACCAGUGUCAAAGGAAAGUACAGUUGCCAGUGAUACAGGGUUGCUAGAACCUAAUGUUCUGAUGUCUAUCGAAGAACGUGUGAAAAUGAGAAGAAUCGAAAAACAAAUGAAGAAACAGUCCAUGAGUGUAGAAGGAACGGGARCAAGCAAAGAUUCCACACUAUCAAACAAUUACACCAAGAUGAGUGAUAAACGUAGGUCAUGCAAUCAAAAGCAACAUACUUCUACACCACUUCACCAAAAGAUCCUUUCUUCUCCAACUAAUCAAAGCCUUAACCCUUCUUGGAUAUUUCAUCGAGAUAAAUUUCGUGCAUCAACGCCACAGUCCUCAAGGAAAACAAGAUCCAAGUCUACAGUGAAUGAAAGAAAAACAUUGAGAAAUCUACGCAGCACUACUAAGUGUCUCUCGCCAGGCGAUAGCUACGAAUUUGUUGGWGAAGACGUUUACGCAUUCGAAUGAAUAAGAACUUAUCUAUAAAAAAAUCCRUAAAACGUCCAGUGAUCAUAUGAAGAAAUCCUUAGUUUUAUCAAAGAUUCAUAUGUGAUUGAGUGAUACAUUAUAAGAUUAUAUUUUAUCCACUUUUUACCUGACAUGACUAAUAAAUUUUCCAAUGUUUUA